CGGAAGUGAAGGCUUGGAAAAGAAAAUCAUGGCCGCCAUCGCAACCGAGUAUAGAAACGUUUCUUUCUUGUUUUUGCUUUUCAUAAUCGAUCUGGUCUCAUUUAACGGACGUUACAGAUUGUAAUCGAUCGACGCGUGCACGCACGUGAAGUUUGGAUGUCGUCGCGUGAGAUCACCCAGCUGAUAUAACUCUGUUCACGUGUACCUUACAGUUAUGGCAAUGGUGUCUGUAAGAGGUCUCUUCUUCAUCGUUACUCUUUUCCUGGGCAGCUUUUUUGGCAGUGUGUUUAUGUUGGGUCCAGUUUUGCCUGUGAUGCUGUUGUCACCUGCGUGGUACCGCUGGAUUACUGACCGCAUUGUUGCCACCUGGCUCACUCUUCCAGUGGCAUUGUUGGAGCUGGUGUUUGGGGUGAAGGUGGUGAUAACAGGUGACGGUUUUGUGCCUGGUGAGCGAAGCGUAAUAAUAAUGAACCAUCGCACCAGAUUGGAUUGGAUGUUCCUGUGGUGUUGUCUGUUGAGGUUCAGCUACUUGCGUCUGGAGAAGAUCUGCCUUAAAGUGGCGCUAAAGGCUGUGCCUGGAUUCGGUUGGGCAAUGCAAGUCGCCUCCUUCAUCUUUAUCCAGCGUCGCUGGGAAGAUGACCGCAGUCACAUGACCAACAUGCUGCAGUAUUUCUGCCACAUCAAAGAACCGGUACAGCUUCUGCUGUUCCCAGAGGGAACCGACCUCACUGAUAACACUCGUGCCAAGAGUGAUGAGUUUGCUGAAAGAAACGGUCUUCCAAACUAUAAGUUUGUCCUUCACCCACGUACCACCGGCUUCACCUUCAUCGUAGACACACUGCGCAAAGGUGGUAACUUGGAUGCUGUCCAUGACAUUACUGUUGCAUAUCCUCAAAACAUCCCACAGACGGAGCGCCACCUGGUCCUGGGCCUUUUCCCACGCGAGAUUCACUUUCAUGUGCAACGCUACCCACUGUCGUCUCUGCCCCGAUCAGCUGCGCAGCUGCAGUCCUGGUGUCAGGAACGCUGGGCUGAGAAAGAACAGCGUCUGCAAGAGUUUUAUCAGGCUUCUCCGCGCGCAUUUGACUCCCCUGAAGCUCGUGUGCCUCCAUGUAAGAGCGAGCUGAGAGUAUCACUUAUUAAAGCUGCUUCACUUCUGUACUGGAGCUUCUUCAUCGCUCUGUCUUUUGUGGGGCUGUGGCUCUGGGCUCCCGCACGAGUCUACUUCCUGCUUAUGGUGAUCUUCUUUCUGGGUCAGCAACGGCUAAUGGGCGGAGUUGAGAUGAUGGAAUUGGCGUGUCAUCGAUAUUGGAUUGGUGACGGUUCAAAGGACGAACAAAGCAAUGGAACAGAGUUAAAAAAUGAAUGAGAAGAGAUGCUGGACCACGAUUUGCAGUACGUUUGCUUGUUUAAAGUUAACAGUGGCGCCUCCUGCUGGCUAAGAGCCGCACCAGAGACACAGAGACUCUGAAAAAUAGGAAAUAAGGGGUUUACAAAAUGUCAUUUUCUUAUAUGAUCAAAAAACUCAUACGCAAUUGGUUCCCAAUUACCAAUUAAGGGUGUACAUGCGUCUGUGUUUGUGGCUUUGAAUAUGUUGUUUAUGACAAAUUUGUAUAACAACACGAGUAGUAAAUGGGUAUUACAACAUAAACAUGCUUUACAAGGACACUUCAAAAACCCAAUCAUUUAAAAUGUGAGCACGUUUUUAUUUUUAUCAAAAACGCUAAAGAUAAGAGUGAGGUUUAGGGGUGGGGAUAGAAAAAUGAGCUCAGUAUGAAAACCAUUACAGCUAAACUGCAUUUGCCAAUCUUUGUUUGUGUGUGUAUCUCUAAGGAUUGUUUUAAUAUUGUUAUUUUACACUCUUUUCUAUUUGUUUCUUUUGUCUGAGUUUCAUAUUUAUGUAUAUUUGUUUAGAUUGCUUUUAAACAUUUUUUCUUUUGUUUUGUUCUUUUAAUUUUAUUUAUUUUACUAGUAUGCUACGGAAGCAUAGUUCAUUACCACUGUUUGUAAAACAGCAGCAAUACAUAGUUUCGGCUUUUUGUUUGUGUCAGACAUCAAAAAACGCUGCUUUUUGAAUGCACGAUUGCUGCGGCCGUUGCAUAUGCUGCAGUUUCAAUGGGCCGGCCGUUCGCUCGCGUUAAUCUGUCUGUGAUGUCACACGGUCUUUUGGUGAUGUUAAAUUAGCCGCUUCUUCAGUCAAGAGCGAGUUGCUGUGAAAAUGCUACAUGAUUUCUUUGUGUUACUCUUUAUGACAAUCUACAUUAGAAUCUUACACAUCAGGACAAUGUUGAGUUACCAAUAUACUACGUUUCUGAAUAAUGACUCAAUUGAAUGGUUCAGAUUCUUAUCCUGCUAUCAUUUAUAUCCCUUGUUUUUUCUUCUGUUAAUUUUUGUUUUUAUUUACAUUACCCUUCUCCCUGUCUGUCUCACCUUUGGCCUAUGAUGUGACAUUGCUUGUCAAACGCACAUAUUUACAAACUACCAGAACACUAAUAUUUACAUUGGCUGCAUGUUAAUAAUUCAUGUGUCAUAGUAGUAAAACAUGUUUAAAUAGCCAAUGUAAAUGACUAGUACGUAAAUGACUUGUGUUGAUUAGUAUUUGCACUGGUUUUAGAGUUAAUCUGGUACAUAAAUUACUUUGACCUGUUCACUGUGAUGGAAAACGUCUGCAUGAAUAAAUGUCAAAAUGGGUCCUGCAGUUAUUCUCCAGCUCUUACCAGACCCACCUGGGCAGGCUAUUCAAGGUCUAAAGUGUCACUUAAAAGACACAGGCAGGUGAGGUUUAAGCCGGGUUAGGGUUAAACUCUGCAGGACUGCAGCUCUCCAGGACCGCCGUUCGCCACCACUGGUCUAAAUGUAAGAGGAGCUUUGUCUGUUUCACGUGUACAGCAAUCACUCAGGUAUAUUAAGUCACUGAAAUUGCACUAUUGAGCAGAAAUAAAUCAAUCAUUGAGUAAAUCAUAGCCUGUAACCAUUUAUGCCCGUAAUAAUAGCAAGUAAAACAAAAAAUAAAAGAUAUCUUCAAAAACAGCUAAAGCCAAACUCUAAAAGUGGAAAUGUGUUUAAAACAAACAGUAGCAUAUUACCAAAUGGAAUGCAUAUAGCCCACAUAUGUUUAUAUAAUAUGCUGAUCAUAUAAAAUCCUUAGUCAAUAAAAUAUAGGACCAUAUGUUAAUGGAUAAUGUUUAUAUUAAUUCUUGUGUGUUGUCAGGAAAUGAUGUUAUGAUUUGAAAGAAUAAAGCAAGUAAUUGAAUUAUUUUAAA